CUCCUCCAUACCAGAGCACAUCUACCGGUACAUAAACACCAGCAACCCCAGGACCGCAGUGACCAGGUACGUUACCUGGCGUGAAACUUUCUUUCCCUGUUCUCAGAUCCUUGGCCCAAAAUACUGACAAUCCGCUAAACAUGCGCUUCCUAUACCAAACGCUCGUCGUCCUCCUCAGCGCCCUCCUCCUGGACACCGCCGCGGCGGCCGAUUGCCGCCAUGGCGCGACGCGACCGGACCGAUUCGAUUGUCACGCCUACCACCGGUGCCACGCGGGGGAAUUCGUUCGGCAGCAUUGCGGGGCCGGGCAGGCGUACAGUGCCUUCACUAGCGUCUGUGAGCCGGAGUGGCGGUCGCCUGCUUGUCGGCAGGGAGUGCCGGAGGUGAUUAACUGAUUGUCGCUCUCUUUGAUACGUGUUUUAGUUUGUUGGGUGAGUUUGGUGUUGCUGAUUUUCUGGCUGUGUCUUGGAGCGGAUCUGUGCACGGUU